GCGAGGGUUUUCCCCGAGUCGCCGCUGCAGAGACCCACGGUGCUGGUGGCUCUCCUGGCCCGCAACGCCGCGCACGCGCUGCCUCGCUUCCUCGGCUGCCUGGAGCGGCUGGACUACCCCAAGAGCAGGAUGGCCAUCUGGGCAGCCACUGAUCACAAUGUGGAUAAUACAACAGAAAUACUCAGGGAGUGGCUGAAAAAUGUACAAGGAAUCUAUCACUAUGUGGAGUGGAGGCCGAUGGCUGAACCUGAGUCUUAUCCUGAUGAAAUUGGACCAAAGCACUGGCCUGCCUCCCGGUUUGCCCAUGUGAUGAGACUACGACAGACGGCCCUUCGAACUGCGAGGGAAAAAUGGUCGGACUACAUUCUGUUCGUAGAUGUGGACAACUUCCUGACUAAUCCGCAGACCCUCAAUCUAAUGAUUGCAGAAAACAAAACCAUCGUGGCCCCCAUGCUGGAGUCUCGGGGCCUGUACUCCAAUUUCUGGUGUGGAAUCACACCUCAGGGCUUCUAUAAACGGACUCCAGACUACCUUCAGAUUAGAGAAUGGAAGAGGUUGGGCUGUUUUCCCGUCCCCAUGGUCCACUCCACCUUCCUAAUUGACCUCAGGAAGGAAGCUUCUGACAUGCUGAUGUUCUACCCCCCACACCAAGACUACACCUGGACCUUCGACGACAUCAUCGUCUUUGCCUUCUCCAGCAGGCAAGCAGGCAUCCAGAUGUACCUCUGCAACAGAGAGCACUACGGCUACCUGCCCAUCCCCCUGAAGCCCCAUCAGACCCUGCAGGAGGACGUCGAGAGCCUCAUCCAUGUGCAGAUAGAAGCAAUGAUUGACCGUCCUCCAAUGGAACCCUCCCAGUUUGUCUCAGUUGUCCCUAAAUAUCCAGACAAGAUGGGAUUUGAUGAGAUUUUCAUGAUAAACCUCAAACGCAGAAAAGAUAGGCGGGACCGGAUGUUACGCACCCUGUAUGAGCAGGAGAUUGAGGUCAAGGUUGUGGAGGCCGUUGAUGGAAAGGCACUCAACACAAGCCAGCUGAAGGCCCUGAAUAUCGAGAUGCUGCCCGGAUAUCGAGAUCCCUAUUCCUCCAGGCCUCUAACCAGAGGCGAAAUCGGCUGCUUUCUUAGCCACUACUCUGUCUGGAAAGAGGUAAUUGACCGAGAGCUGGAGAAGACUCUUGUUAUUGAGGAUGACGUGCGUUUUGAACAUCAGUUUAAGAAGAAGCUGAUGAAGCUGAUGGAUGACAUUGACCAGGCUCAGCUGGAUUGGGAACUGAUCUAUAUCGGUAGGAAGAGGAUGCAAGUAAAAGAGCCCGAGAAAGCAGUGCCCAACGUGGUAAAUCUGGUCGAAGCUGACUAUUCCUACUGGACGCUGGGCUACGCCAUUUCUCUGCAAGGAGCACAGAAGCUGGUGGGAGCUGAUCCUUUUGGGAAGAUGCUGCCCGUGGAUGAGUUCCUGCCAAUCAUGUACGACAAGCAUCCCGUCGUGUUAAGUAAUCCUCAUGGCCACCUCUUCCGAAGUUUGGCUUUUGCUGAGGGCUGUGGGAAAAUAAACCUGUGCACCCUUUUCAGAAGCCGUAACUCCGCUGUGGCAGAGACGGUGAUGAUCACGGGGCACUCUAGGUGUUACCCUGUAUUUCCCACCUCCCUUGCUCUUGGCUCGCGGCCACGGACUGACCAGACGCCUGGGAAUGGAAGUGACGUUGUCGCUUUGGUCUAAGGCAGUUAGGAACGGUGGCGAGUUCUCCCCACCAUCGCCGAGACGUGAAGGAAGAACCCGAGAUGGCAGACUUGCAGGACGGAAGCCGCCUGGAUCCCUGAGACGCUGUUAGGGGGAAGUCGCGAAGGAGAGCCGCCUGGCUGGCUGUACACUGUGACUUGAUGAAACAUAAAACCGUCCUUCAAAAAAAAUUACGAAGGUUUCAUGGUUUAUUACUUCAGCCUAGCCUGAUACAUCCCUUCUAGAAGUAUUUCAUUUUGAGAGAGGCUCUAGGGGAAAUAGUAAUGCAAAACAGUGGAAAUAACUUCUCCUAGGAGAAUUCUGAGUCAGGGUCUGACCGGUAUCAUUGCAUCUGUAGAACAAGAGGACCCGCCUCAGGGGACCUACCCCGUGCCACUGGUCGAGGGCGCGGGGCAGCGCUGCGGGCCCCCUCGUGGCCGCAAGCUGCGCAGCAAAUUUGAAAAGGCUCCAGAGAAGGACAUUUUAGGACAUUAUUCCUUUAGGCAAAAAGUCACCGAGCUCAGUUUCUAGAAAGAGGCAAAACAAGGGGCUCGGUUUUCUACAAUGAUCUUGAAAAAAUAGUCAGCUACUGCCAGAAAUAGAAAUCCCUUUUUCUCAUCUUGCCCCGCCUCAUGUCAUUAAUUAUUAAAAUGCCUGCGUGGCUCUCUCCAAAAUCCCACGAGGGCCCAGAAAACUUGAUCAUUUGGAUCCAUUUAGGAAUCCACCGGAAAACAGUUCUGGGGACUUACUGGAAACAACGAGGAAAAGACGAUAAUGUGCAUCUGCCGAGUGAAGUGGGCCUCAGUCCGACCGCCUUUUUGGAAGGCCUUUGGUCGCUCUACAGAGGCCCUGCUGGCUUCCAGAACGCCAUGGAAGGUUUCAAGAACUACGCAGGUAGUAGCACGUGCAGACUGGGGAAAAGGCUGUCAGCAAGUCAGCAGAGAACUACCUCGACUCCCACCUUGAAGUUCAGGUUUAUAGAAAGUGUCCCGCACAGCAUGACUCCUAAGACUGGCAAUCUAGCAGCAAGGCGUCCGCUUGGACUGUGGUUUCCUAAGGAGGUCAUCCUCUCCCCCAAAUCUGGUUUGCUAGCGUUG